UUGAUUUUACUGGGCUCCUCCAGAAUGGGACAUAGGGUUGGGGUUGUUGGGCUUAUUGUAAGGUUUGCAGAUAAAAUACAUGGCCUGGUGCUCCAUGUUGCCAUGCAGGAGAUCUCAUUGAAUGUGUGUGAUGGCUGGUUUAACCUGUGCACACUGAUUGCACAACGUGCAACAGGUGUGCAGGCUCACCCAGCCCCAGACUCCAAACAGACUCGGCCAGGGUUCAUCCAUACGUGUGGCGGCACUUUAAAGGGGAGGAACGGGACGAUAGAGAGCCCAGGUUUUCCGUACGGAUAUCCCAACGGAGCCAACUGUACCUGGGUGAUUGUGGCCGAGGAGAGGAACAGGAUCCAUAUAGUUUUUCAAUCUUUUGCGGUGGAGGAGGAAUAUGACUUUUUAUCUUUGUACGACGGGCACCCGCACCCCGUCAACUUCAGGACAAGGUUAACAGGGUUUACCAUUCCCGCUCCCGUAACCAGUACUGGAUCCAUCUUUUCGCUGAGACUUACCAGCGACUUUGCAGUAAGCGCUCACGGAUUCAAGAUCGCCUACCAAGAGUUGCGCAGCAGCGCGUGCGGAAACCCAGGUGUUCCGCCCAAGGGCAUCCUGAACGGGACGCAGUUCAAUGUCGGAGACAAGAUCCGCUACCGCUGCGUCACUGGCUACGUGCUGGACGGCCACUCGCUCCUCACCUGCGUCUCCAACACGGCCGGGGUCUCCGUCUGGGACUUCCCGGUCCCCAUCUGCAGAGCGGAGGACACCUGCGGAGGCACUCUGCGCGGCCCCAGCGGCCUCAUCUCCAGCCCCGACUUCCUGGGCGGCGGCGCCUCCCCGGGGGUCAGCACCGUCACCGCCGGUAGCCCCGGCAACGGGGACUGCAAGUGGACCAUCCUGGCGGACCCGGGGGACACCAUCUCGCUGGUCUUCACCGAGUUCCAGAUGGACGACAAGUCGGAUUACCUGGAGGUGGAGGGAUCCGAACCGCCCACCAUCUGGCUUUCCGGGACGAACAUCCCAGCACCCAUCAUCAGCAACAAGAACUGGCUGCGGCUGCACUUUGUGACGGAGAGCAACCAUCGACACAAGGGCUUCAGGGCCCAGUACCAGGUGAAAAGCUCGGGAGAGCUUAAAUCCAGAGGGGUUAAAUUAUUACCAGGAAAGGACAACACUAACAAACUCUCUUUGAUGAAUGAAGGCGGAAUCAAGCAGGUGUCUAAUUACUGCCCCGACCCUGGGGAGCCCGAGAAUGGCAAGCGGAUUGGCACCGACUUCAGCACCGGAGCGACGGCUCAGUUCACGUGCAACGAGGACCACGUGCUGCAGGGCUCCAAGACCAUCAGCUGCCAGCGCGUGGCCGAGGUGUUCGCCGCCUGGAGCGACCACAGGCCCGUCUGCAAGGUGAAGACCUGCGGCUCAAACCUCCAGGGCCCCUCGGGGACCUUCACCUCCCCCAACUUCCCCAUCCAGUACGAGAGCAACUCCCAGUGUGUGUGGAUCAUCAGCGCCAGCGACCCAAACAAGGUUAUCCAGAUCAACUUUGAGGACUUUGAUCUGGAGAUCGGCUAUGAUUCGCUGACCAUCGGCGACGGUGGGGAGGUUGGCGACUCUAAGACGGUCAUUCAAGUGUUGACCGGAAGCUUUGUUCCUGACCUGAUUGUCAGCUUAUCCCAUCAGAUGUGGCUCCAUCUCCAGUCUGAUGAGAGUGUGGGCUCCAUCGGAUUCAAGAUCAACUACAAGGAGAUUGACAAGGAGAGCUGCGGUGACCCGGGCACUCCGCUCUACGGCUACAAAGAGGGCGGGGGCUUCCUGAACGGGGACGUCCUCCGCUUCGAAUGCCAGUUUGGCUUCGAGCUGAUCGGCGAGAGAACCAUCACGUGCCAGAACAACAAUCAGUGGUCCGCUAAUAUCCCCAUCUGCAUAUUCCCGUGUUUCUCCAACUUCACGGCGCCGAUGGGCACGGUGCUGUCCCCGGACUACCCCGAGGGCUACGGGAACAACCUGAACUGCGUGUGGCUCAUCAUCUCGGAGCCGGGCUCGCGCAUCCACCUGGCCUUCAACGACUUCGACCUGGAGCCGCCCUACGACUUCCUGACCAUCAAGGACGGCGGCGAGCAGUCGGGCGCCACCAUGCUGGGACGCUACUCCGGGGCGGAGGUGCCCUCCCACCUGACGUCCAACAGCAACGUCCUGCAGCUGGAGUUCCAGGCAGACCACUCCAUGUCGGGCCGCGGCUUCAACAUCACCUACAGCACGUUCGGGCACAACGAGUGCCCCGAUCCCGGCGUUCCCAUCAACGCUCGGCGCUUCGGAGACAGCUUCCAGCUGGGCAGCUCCAUCGCGGUGGUGUGCGAGGAAGGCUUCAUCAAGACCCAGGGAGCCGACACCAUCACCUGCCAGCUGGCCGAGGGGAAAGCCAUGUGGAGCGGACUAAUCCCCAAGUGUGAAGCUCCGUGCGGGGGUCACUACUCGGGGGCCUCGGGGGUCCUGCUGUCCCCCGGCUGGCCGGGCUACUACAAAGACUCCCUGAGCUGCGAGUGGGUCAUCGAGACGGAGGCGGGACGCUCCGUCAAGAUCAGCUUCGACAGGUUCCAGACCGAGUUAAGUUAUGACUUCUUGGAAGUGCAUGACGGGCCCAACCUACUCUCCCCUCUGAUUGGCUCAUUCAACGGAACCCACGUGCCUCAGUUCCUGUUCAGCAGCGGCAACUUCCUGUACCUGCUCUUCACCACUGACAACAGCCGCUCCAACAGCGGCUUCAAGAUCUUCUACGAAGUCGUUACCCUGGACACUUACUCGUGCAUGGACCCGGGCAUCCCGGUAAACGGGGCGCGACUGGGCCACGACCUGUCCAUCGGCGCCACCGUCACCUACCGCUGCGAGCCCGGCUACCGCCUGAGCCAUGAAGAGGCACUGGCCUGCGAGAGGAACCACUUCUGGAGCAACCCCCUGCCUACCUGUGACGCGUCUUGCGGGGGCGACAUCCAAGGUCCGGGCGGUAUCAUCCUGUCUCCGGGCUUCCCGGAGCUCUACCCCAGCUCCCUCAACUGUACCUGGACCGUGGAGGUCAGCCAUGGCAAAGGCGUCCAGUUCACCUUCUACUCCUUCCACCUGGAGGACCACCACGACUACCUGCUGAUCACGGAGAACGGCAGCUUCAGCCGCCCCCUGGCGCGCCUCACCGGGUCGGAGCGCCCCGCGCCCGUCAACGCCGGCCUCUACGGGAACUUCAAGGCCCAGCUCCGCUUCAUCUCGGACUUCUCCAUAUCGCUGCAGGGCUUCAACAUCUCCUUCUCGGAGUACGACCUUGAACCCUGCGAGGACCCCGGCAGGCCCCAGUUCGGCGGGCACGCGGGCUCCAGGUUUGGGAUCGGCGACUCCCUGGCCUUCACCUGCAACGCGGGCUACCGCCUGCAGGGGGCCAGGGAGGUGGUGUGUCUGGGGGGAGGCCGGCGCAUGUGGAGCGCCCCUCUGCCAAGGUGUGUGGCUGAGUGUGGGUCGACAGUCACCGACAGCGAGGGCGCCCUGCUGUCCCCCAACUACCCCAUGAACUACGCCGACAGCCACGAGUGUGUGUACAGCAUCCACGUCCAGACGGGCAAGGGCAUCAACGUCACCGCCACUGCUUUCCAGCUCGCCCAGGGAGACAUCAUCAAGGUGUACGACGGCAAGGACACCGCGGCCCACCUCAUGGGCAGCUACACGGGCACGGCCAUGCUGGGCCUGUCCCUCACAAGCACCUCCAACCAGCUGUGGCUGGAGUUCUACUCUGACCAGGAAGCCACUGGGGAGGGCUUCAAGCUCCAGUACUACAGCUUUGAGCUCUCCCACUGCGAUGAUCCCGGCGUGCCCCAGUUCGGCUUCAAGCUGUCGGAGGAGGGCCACUUCGCGGGCAGCGCCAUCACGUACGGCUGUGACCAGGGCUACACGCUGCACGGCAGCGGCACGCUGGCCUGCAUGACCGGGGAGAGGAGGGCCUGGGACAACAACCUGCCCUCAUGCAUAGCCGAGUGCGGUGGCAGUUUUAAGGGCACGUCCACUGGGCGUAUUUUGUCCCCAGGAUAUCCAUUUCCUUACGACAACAAUCUGAGAUGCACCUGGACUAUCGAGGUGGACUCCGGCAAUAUCGUCAGCCUCCAGUUCCUGGCCUUCGACACAGAGGCGUCCCACGACAUCCUGAAGGUGUGGGACGGGCCCCCCGACAACGAGAUGUCCCUGAGGGAGGUGAGCGGCUCCCUGCUACCCGAGGGCAUCCACUCCACGCUCAACCUGGUCACCAUCCAGUUCGAGACCGACUUCUACAUCACCAAGUCGGGCUUCGCCAUCGACUUCUCCAGCUCUCUGGCCACGGCCUGCAGGGACCCGGGUAUGCCCAUGAACGGCAGCCGCAACGGGGAGGGGCGGGAGCCCGGCGACGCGGUCACCUUCUCCUGUGACCCGGGAUACGAGCUGCAGGGGGAGAGCCGGAUCACCUGCAUCCAGGUGGAAAACAGAUACUACUGGCAGCCCAGCCCCCCCAGCUGCAUAGCCCCAUGCGGCGGGAACGUCACGGGAUCGUCGGGAUUCAUCCUCUCCCCAAAUUUCCCGCUGCCGUACCCGCACAGCAAGGACUGCCCGAAUUGGCUCAUCGCCGUUCACUCCGACUACGUCAUCUCCCUGGCGUUCAUCAGCUUCAGCAUCGAGCCAAACUACGACUUCCUGUACAUCUACGACGGGCCCGACAGCAACACCCACCUUCUGGGGAGCUUCCAGGACAGCAAGCUGCCGGAGAAAGUGGAGAGCACGGCCAACUUCAUGUACCUGGCGUUCCGCAGUGACGGCUCCGUGAGCUACACCGGCUUCCACCUGGAAUACAAAGCCAAACUGCGGGAGGCUUGUUUUGAUCCGGGCAACGUGAUGAACGGCACCAGGAUGGGCACCGACUACAAGCUGGGCUCCAUGGUGACGUUCCAGUGCGAGGCUGGCUACGUGCUGCAGGGCUACUCCACGCUCACCUGCAUCAUGGGAAACAGCAAGAGGCCGGAAUGGGACCGGGCCAAACCAAGCUGUCAAGCCCCCUGUGGAGGUCGCUCCAUGGGCUCCGAGGGGACGGUGCUGUCCCCAAACUACCCGCAUAAUUACACCAAAGGCCAGAGCUGCCUCUAUGACAUCUUUGUCCCCGGUGAUUUUGUUCUAUUUGGCCAGUUUGUGGUGUUCCAGACCCUGGCCAGUGAUGUGGUGGAGAUAUACGACGGGCCCUCCGUCGACUCCCCCCUGCUCUCCUCCAUCCACGGCUCUCACUCAGGAGAGACGCUCCCGCUGAGCUCAGGGAACAAGAUCACCCUCAAGUUCACCACCACGGGGGACGAGACGGCUAAAGGAUUUCAUUUUGUUUAUCAAGCCGUCCCCAGGACCAGCGCCUCCCAGUGCAGCUCGGUCCCCGAGCCUCGCUUCGGGAAGCGGAUCGGGAACGACUUUGGCGUCGGCACGGCGGUGGCGUUCGAGUGCAGCCCGGGCUACGCGCUGCUCGGCUCCAGUGCCAUCAGGUGCGAGGCCGUGCCCAACACCCUGGCCCAGUGGAACGGCACCGUGCCCACCUGCAUUGUUCCCUGCGGUGGGGUACUAACUGAGCGGAAGGGGACCAUCCUCUCCCCGGGAUACCCAGAAACAUAUGCCAACUAUCUGAACUGCGCCUGGAAGAUCUCUGUUCCGGAGGGGGCUGGCAUCCAAAUUCAAGUCGUAACGUUUGCCACGGAGCACAACUGGGAUUCGCUGGACUUUUUCGACGGCGUCGACGGCAACGCUCCGAGACUCGGCAGCUACUCCGGUACCACCAUCCCACAGCUGCUCAACAGCACCUCCAACAACUUGUUCCUGACCUUCCAGUCCGACAUCAGCGUCUCCGCGGCGGGCUUCCACCUCGAGUACACAGCAAUAGGUUUGGAUUCGUGCCCGGAGCCGCAGCCCCCCAGUAACGGCCAGAAGGUGGGCGACCGCUACACGGUGGGCGACAUGGUGUCCUUCCAGUGCGACCAGGGCUUCACCUUGCAGGGUAAUGCAUAUAUUACGUGCAUGCCUGGCCCUGUCAGAAGGUGGAAUUACCCCGUGCCCCUGUGUUUAGCUCAGUGCGGAGGCUCCAUGACAGACUUCACGGGCGUCAUCCUCAGCCCCGGCUUCCCAGGGAACUACCAGAGCAGCCUGGACUGCAGCUGGGGGGUCCAGCUCCCCAUCGGCUUCGGCAUCCACAUGCAGUUCCUGAACUUCUCCACCGAGGCGGUGCACGACUACCUGGAGGUUCGCAGCGGUAGCCUGGACGCGGGCACCGCCGUGGACCGCUUCAGCGGGGGCGCUGUGCCCGAGGCGCUCUUCAGCACCACCCACGAGACCACCAUGUUCUUCCACAGCGACUACUCCCAGAACAAGCCCGGCUUCCACAUCGUCUACCAGGCCUACGAGCUGCAGAGGUGCCCGGACCCGCGUCCCUUCCGGAACGGCAUCGUGAUCGGCCGGGACUACAGCGUGGGGAUGACCAUCUCCUUCGAGUGCCUGCCGGGCUACACCCUGCUGGGGGAGGCUUCCCUCACCUGCCUGCACGGGGUCAGCCGCAACUGGAACCACCCCGUCCCCCGCUGCGAAGCUCUUUGCGGCGGGAACAUCACGUCCAUGAACGGCACCAUCUAUUCCCCGGCGCACCCUGGGGAGUACCCCAACUUCCAGGACUGCAUGUGGACGGUGCGGGUGCCCCCGGGAUACGGCAUCUACAUCAACUUCUCCGUCAUCAACACCGAGCCCAUCUACGACUACAUCACCGUGUGGGACGGCCCUGACCAGGCCUCUCCCCAGAUUGGCCAGUUCAGCGGAAACUCUGCCCAAGAGGGCGUGUCCACCACCGCCAACCAGAUCCUCAUCAAGUUCCACAGCGACUUCAGCACCAGCGGCUUCUUCGUGCUGUGUUACCAUGCGUACCAGCUGAGAAUAUGUCAGCCACCGGCGCCUGUGGUCAACGCCAACAUCCUGGCGGACAACGAGGAGUUUGAAAUAGGGGACAUUAUCCGCUACUCGUGCCUGCCAGGGUUCACUCUGGUGGGCAGUGAGAUUCUGACCUGCCGGCUCGGAGAGAGGCUGCAGAUGGAUGGACCGCCGCCCGUCUGCCAAGUCCAGUGCCCGGCCCACGAGGUCCGCUUCGACUCCACGGGAGUCAUCCUGAGCCCCGGGUUCCCUGACAGCUAUCCCAACCUCCAGAUGUGCUCCUGGCUCAUCAACGUGGAGAAGGGCUACAACAUCACGCUGCACUUUGAACUCUUCCAGACGGAGAAGGAGUUUGACAUCCUGGAGGUCUUUGACGGCCCCAACAUCAACAGCCAGAGCCUGGCAUCUCUGAGCGGGGACGUGGACACACCCUUUAACCUCACCACCACGGGCCACCAGCUGCUGCUGCGCUGGGCGUCCGACCACGGCACCAACCGGCGCGGCUUCCGCAUCAGAUACGUGGCCAUGUACUGCAGCACCCCCGACUCCCCGCAGCACGGCUUCGUGGUGAGCCAGACGGGGGGCCACCUGAACAGCGUGGUGCGCUGGGCCUGCGACCGUGGCUACAAGCUGAUCGGGAAGGCCUCGGCCGUGUGCCGGAGCACCCCCUACAACUACUACGCCUGGGACAGCCCCGUGCCCGCCUGCCAAGCGGUCUCCUGCGGCCCGCCCGUCGCCCCGGCCAGCGGCGGCGUGCUGGCGACGGACUACUCGGUGGCCACGCGCGUGACCUACUUCUGCGGCAGCGGCUACCGCCUCUCCUCCAAGGAGCUGACCACCACCACCUGCCAGGCCGACGGCACCUGGAGCAACCACAACAAGACCCCCCGCUGCACCGUAAUGACGUGCCCGAGCCUCAGCUCGUUCUCAUUGGACCACGGGAAAUGGAAGAUCGUCAACGGCUCGCACUACGAGUACGGCACCAAAAUCAUCUUCACCUGCAACCCCGGAUACUUCCGCCUUGGUCCCGCCCACAUCCAGUGCCAGGCCAAUGGGGCGUGGAGCUGGAGGAACGAGAGGCCGCGGUGUCGCAUCAUCUCGUGCGGAGACCUCCCCACGCCGCCCAACGGAAAGAAGAUCGGCACGCAGAACACCUUCGGCGCCUCGGCCAUCUUCAGCUGCAGCCUGGGCUACGUUCUCACCGGCUCCAGCGUCAGGGAGUGCCUGCUGUCGGGGCUUUGGAGCGGCAUGGAGACCCUCUGUCUGGCGGGUCACUGCGGCAUCCCCGAGAGGAUCGUCAACGGCCAGGUGAUCGGGGAGAACUUUGGCUACCGCGACACGGUGGUCUACCAGUGCAACCCCGGCUUCAGGCUCAUCGGCUCCUCGGUGCGCAUCUGCCAGCAGGACCACAACUGGUCUGGCCUGCUGCCCGCCUGCAUCGCGGUCACCUGUGGCCACCCGGGCAGCCCCAUCUACGGGCGGACCACGGGGGAGGGCUUCAACUACAACGACGUGGUGCGCUUCGCCUGCAACAAGGGCUACACCCUGGAGGGCCCCUCCACUGCCCAGUGCCAGGCCAGCAGGCAGUGGAGCCAGCAGCCCCCAACCUGUAGAGUGGUGAACUGCACGGACCCGGGAAUUCCGGCCAACUCCAUCCGGGAGAGCAAGAUCGAGCACGGGAACUUCACGUUCGGCAGCGUGGUGUUCUACGACUGCAACCCGGGCUACUACCUGUUCGGAUCCUCCGUGCUCACCUGCCAGCCGGCCGGACACUGGGACAAACCCCUACCGGAGUGCCUGGAGGUGGACUGUGGCAACCCUGGCGCCCCACCCCAGGGUGUCAUGGUGGGGGAGAAGUUCACGGCGGGCUCCACCGUGCACUACUCGUGCGUGGGCGAACGCCAGCUCCUGGGCGACGCCUCCCUCACCUGUCAGCUCAACGGGCACUGGAGCGCGGCUCUGCCCCACUGCUCAGGCACCACGGGCGGGGCCUGCGGGGACCCCGGCACGCCGGCCCACUCCUCCAGGGAGGCGGGCAACUUCAACGUGCGCAGCAAGGUGCGCUUCACGUGCACGGCGGGCCACACGCUGUAUGGCUCGGCCGAGCGGAUCUGCUUCCCCAACGGCACCUGGUCAGGCCGCCAGCCCUUCUGCAAACCGGUGCAGUGUGGUAACCCGGGCACCCCUUCCAAUGGCCACGUGGGCCUCAUCGACGGCACCACCUUCUCCCACUCGGUGGUGUACUCCUGCAUGGGGGGUUACUCCCUGUCCGGCUGGCCCACGCGCCAGUGUCUGGCCAACGGCACCUGGUCAGGCGCCGCACCGAACUGCACACUGAUCACCUGCGGCGAGCCGGGCGUCCCAGCCAAUGGGCUGCGCUUCGGCGACGACAUCACCGUGGGCCACAACGUGACGUUCGCGUGCCAGCCGGGUCACGUGAUGGUGGGCGGCGGCCCUUCGGUCACCAGAGCGUGCACCAGCAACGGCACCUGGAGUGGCGCCAUGCCCGCCUGCCAAGUGGUGACGUGCCCGACCCCGCCCGCGGUGCCCAACGGCGUGCGGGAGGGCACGGUCCUGGAGUGGGGCGCCAGCGUGAGCUACCGCUGCCUGCCCGGCUACGAGCUGUCCUUCCCGGCCGUCCUCACCUGCACGGGGAAGGGUGCCUGGAGCGGAGAGACGCCUCGCUGCCUACCCAAGUUCUGCGGGGACCCGGGCACCCCGGCCCGGGGACGGAGGGAGGGCCGGAGCUUCAUCUUCAAGUCGGAGGUGUCGUACAGCUGCGGCCCCCCCUUCCUGUUGGUGGGCUCCACCACCCGCCUCUGUCAGGAGGACGGCACCUGGAGCGGAGCGCCCCCCCGAUGCAUAGAGCCGUCCAGGACCAGCUGUGAGAACCCGGGCACGCCGCAGCAUGGCUUCAUGAAUUACACCACCGGGUUCAAGGUGGGCAGCCGGGUGGAGUUCCAGUGUCAACAGGGCCACCUGCUCCAGGGCUCCACCACCAGACUGUGUCUGGCAGAACUCACCUGGAGCGGAACACAGCCUACAUGUGUCCCCCACUCCUGUAAGCAGCCCCGCAGUCCGCCCAGUGCUGACGUGGUGGGUCUGGAGCUGCCCUCCUACGGCUUCACGCUGGUCUACGCCUGCCAGCCCGGCUUCUUCCUGGCCGGCGGCUCGGAGCACCGGGUGUGCCGCUCCGACGGCAGCUGGACCGGGAAGGUGCCCGUCUGCCGAGCCGGCUCCAAGUCGCAGGAGAAGAGCGCCAAGCCGAUGCAGGGGACGGCCAGCCCCAAGAUAAAUGUCCCGGACGACGUGUUCGCGCCUCACUUCCUGUGGAAAGGCUCGUACGACUACAAGGGGCAGAAGCAGCCAAUGAGCCUGACAGUCACCAGCUUCAACGCCUCCUCGGGCAAAGUCAACGCGACCCUCACUGACAGCAACAUGGAGUUCCUUCUUUCCGGAGUGUACAAGAGCCAGGAGGCGCGGCUGACGCUGCUGCUCAGACAGGCCCGGGCCCUGGCCCACGGCUCCCCCUUCAGCAGGAUCACACACGACUCCUGGGCCAUGGACGGAUUCGUUUCCGCGGAGCCAGACGGCGGCAGCUACGUGCUGCAGGGCUCCAUCCAGGGCAAAGACUACGGGCAGUUUGGACUGCAGAGACUGGGCAUGAGCGUGCGGGAGAACGUCACGGCGGUGGAGCCCGAGUCCAGCGGCGCCACCAACAGCAGCUCCGUGGCCGUGGCCAUCCUGGUGCCUUUCUUCGCCCUCAUAUUCGCGGGGCUCGGCUUCUAUCUCUACAAGCAAAGGAAAACGGACAAGGCGCAGUACACAGGCUGCGCGGUGCACGAGAACAACAACGGCCAGGCCACCUUCGAGAACCCCAUGUACAACAGCAGCAGCACCACCAAGGCGGCCGAGGGCAAGGUGGUGCGCUUCGACCCCACCCUCAACACCGUCUGCACCAUGGUCUGAGGGCUGCCUAGUGGGGCGGAAAGAAACACAGUCAGCACAUAUUCACACGCGCAUACGUACGCGCACGGAGGGAACGCACGCAUAUGCUUUAUGCU